AUGAACAAAUCCUUUCAGGAAGCUCGAGCACUACAGUACGCUGUGCCAGCGAACUGUUUACUUAUCGGUGCUUUGUCCUUCAUUCUUCCAGCAGGACCACUCUCAGCAGCUAUGAUGCUGGACGCUUUUCUUCUAGCUAUGGCUGCUGUUGGUAUUACCGGUAAAGCUGCAGUGCUCAUUGUACCUAACAUAGCUAUUAAGAUAUUAUUGCUGCUCAUAAUGUUAUUCAUAGGCUGUGUUUCAAUCGAUACUUUUCAUGCUAACUAUUUAAAAGAAUCAGCUGGGUUAGUCAACGACUCAGAGGUGGUGUCGCAAUCGCCCGUAUCGCUAUGGCGUAAUAUUGUGCAGACAUACCCAUCACUGCCACUAUGGACAAUUGCAUUUAUUCUGCUAAUUUGUAUUGAAAUUAGGCUAUUUUUCUGUGCAUGGUACAAAAUUGCUUGGCGAUCCACGGAAAAUAAUGGAAAAGAAGUUGAAAGAGUAAGCAGAUUGAAAAUAAAUCUUAUUUACAAUAAAAGAGAGUAUAAAUGCACACCACAUAAGACGAGGUAAGC